UCAAGGAGGGUGUUGGAGGUCGGGUAGCUGGAAGCGGGCAGUCUGCUUGGGGGGGACUGGAAGAGGGGGAAUCCAGGGCUUCUGGCCCAGGAUUCCCAAGAUGGACUUGGCUGAAAGUCACUGAUGUCUGUAAUAGCAAGCUCUGUUCUAAUCUGCGUUCCUGUCGACUAAUAAACCUUCUGUUUUACCAGCUGUCUGAGAGUCACGUCUGACUGCGGAAUUGGGGUGCAGGGCCCUCCGGCUUCCCCAGGAGCCCCGCCUGUGCAGACUCACUGCAGGACUCCGAGGAUACCAGAACUGUCUUCACCAAUUCUUUUCUCAUCAGAAGAAGCACAUCACCAAAAUGGAUGGGGUAGAACCCAACUACACAGAAUAUCCAGACUAUACAUUUGAUUAUGACAAAAUUACAUCACCAUGUGACAAGAGGGAAGUCAGAAACUUCACAAAAGUAUUUUUGCCAAUUGCAUACUCAAUUAUAUGUGUCUUGGGCUUAGUGGGUAACAUCUUUGUAGUAAUGACCUUUGCUUUAUAUAAAAAACCCAAGUCUAUGACAGUUAUAUCUCUCUUCAACAUGGCCAUAGCAGACAUAUUGCUUGUUCUCACUCUUCCAUUCUGGGCAGUGAAUUAUGCUGCUGAAAAAUGGAUCUUUGGUGACUUCAUAUGCAAAAUUACCAGAGGUAUUUAUGCAAUCAACUUCAAUUGUGGUAUGCUGCUCUUGGCCUUUAUCAGUAUGGACCAAUACAUUGCUAUUGUACAGGCAACAAAGUCAUUUAAACUUCGGGCUAGAACGCUAGCAUACAGUAGACUGAUCUGUUUGGUUGUAUGGGUAUUGUCAAUUUUAAUUUCCAGUUCCACUUUCAUAUUCAGUCAAAGCUACAGCCACUCCGUCAAUGAAACAAAGGAGAUUUGUCUCAGUAUUGGAUCUGUGUUCACAAAAGGCGCUACGUUGAAAUUAUUGCUGCUGGGUAUGCAACUUCUAUUUGGAUUUUUUAUCCCUCUGCUGUUUAUGGUAUUUUGCUAUGCAUUCAUUGUCAAAACCUUGGUGAAAGCUCAGAAUUCCAAAAGAAACAAAGCAAUAUGUCUGAUUGUAUUAAUUGUGAUUGUUUUCCUGGUUUGUCAAGUACCAUAUAACAUGGUUCUUCUUGUGACUGCCAUAAAUCUGGGUAAAUUGAAUAAACCGUGUGAUAGUGAAAAGCAAAUAGCCUUUGCGAAGUACAUUACAGAAGCCCUGGCCUUCUUCCAUUGUUGUUUGAACCCAGUGCUCUACGCUUUUAUUGGGGUGAAAUUUAGAAGUUACUUUGUGAAUAUGAUGAAGGAUCUGUGGUGCCCGAGAUACAAGAAAUACAAGACCAAGAGUUCAAGGAUAAGUUCUGAUACCUAUCACUCAAGGCAGACAAGUGAAAUUAUGAGUGACAAUGUGUCAUCCUUUACUAUGUAAUAUGACAUCAACAUUAUUAUGAAGGAGCUUUGAUUAUAUUCAUCCACCAAUCCAAAUCAAUCUCAUUAUUCAUGUCACAGCUAGUGAUUUUGACUUUCCAACACCCUAAGUAGUAUUUCCUAUGAUCUACAGCACCCUCCAUCAAAACCAUUAACAUAAACAGAAGAAUGGCACGACUAUAGAAAACUCGUAUUAAUCACUGUCUAGCUAAUAUUUAUGCUGUUUUCAAAUACAGGCCCUUAAAAUUCUCCAGAGAGCUAAAUUUAUCAAGCAACUUCCUUGAUUCUAAUGAAAAAUUGCAAGUUUGAUUUGAACAUUGCCUUGGUAUUUUGGUUUUAAAACAGGGCUCAACUCAGCUAUCUCAUAUUAUAACAACAAUUUUAAAAGAAUCAAAAGGGCAAAUUCACCACCAGCCCAACUCCAUUUAUACUUAUGUUAUUAUUAAUUAUUUAUAUUGCAAUAGUGUCUCGAGGUCCUAAGACUAGGACCCCUUUGUGCUAGCAUUGUACAUACACAUAGUAAGAGACAGUCCCCACACCAACGAGCUUGCAUUCUGAAUAGCUAAGACAGACAGAGAAUGGGAAGGGACAUGCUCAAGGUCACAUAACAAGUCUGUACUAGAAUGGUCUCCUGAGUCCCCAUGCAGUCCAGUGCCCUAACUACUGACUGCUGCCUCCCUAUAUAGUUGUGCCUUCUUGAAUUGUCCAGAGCCAAUACUAGCAUGGCUACUGAAGGGAAUAGUAUAUAUAUAUAUAUAUAUAUUUUAAAAUACACACUAAAAGGUUUUGUAACAUCUCUUCAGUUUUGAUCAUCUGUGGAACAGAAAAUAAGGUUUAUUUGAGAAGAGAUAUUUUCCUGAUUUGGCAGUGGAACUUCAGACUCCUCUGAAACUGACCAUUUUGUAAAUUUGUCCUUGAGAAAGAGAAAUAUUCAGAAUGGUGUUUUAGCCUAUUUGCUUUAUUAAAUGAAAUUUUAAAUUCACAUGAGUGCUUUCUGUUUUUCAUUGAAGAUGGACUAACAGGGCAGUAUUUGGCUCACUUGAUACUCUGAUAUUUUAUUUUAUUGGACAAACAGUGACAUGGAGAAAAAUCCUGAAGUCUUUUCUCAGUAUUUAUUAGGCAUUAAAAUUCCUGUUGGGCUCAAUUGUGCUACCUGCUAAACUGAUGCGAAUCCGGAGUAACUCCAGUCUUCAGAAAUUGAUACGAUUGAGAGCAGAAUUUGGCUCAUUGACUGCAAUGUAAAGUCUGCCAGAGUUAAUACUGAGUAAGGACUUCAGUAUUUGACCCGUUAUGAAUAAACCUUGAAUACUUAUACGAUAAACUAUAAGGAUUAUUAGUCAGUGCUGGAGGCAUACAGUACAACCUAAUCAUGAUCCAGCAUUAACUGGGAUACAUCUGUUAUGUAAUUUAGCUUUUUUCACAUUUUAUAUUUACACAAGAUUACAGCAAUAAAGAUUCAGGAUGGAA